AUGAAGAGCCCUGUCAAUAAGCAGGUGAAACCAUCAUCGCCGUCGUACACAACGUCGACAAUAAGUCCCAACAAUAAAGGAACUCCGUAUGUGUAUAAAAAGGGAGGUCCAGUGCCUCCUGCCAUUGCCGCUCGAGCCAAACAAGUUGCAGAGAGUCGAAGCAAGACUACGACAUCCAUUCCAAUAGCAGAUGGUCAGCUUGAGUUGCCGCAAGUAGCUCUGUCGGAACUAAAGUUGGGCAAACUAUUGGGACAUGGGAGUUAUUCGUCUGCCUACGAAAUCAAAGAAGGGAAAGGUAUCAGUUUUAUCAACAAACAAAGGAACAGAAUAAAGAUGAAACACAACAGCCACAAAAACAAUGCUAGUAGUCCUACCAACAGUAGCCACGGAAGUCCUACCAACGGUACCAAUAACAACCACCAAAACCACAAGAAGCAAAUUCUGAAACAAUUGAGUCCCAAAGUCAAGGAGAAUCCACUCCUCUUUGCCGCAUGUGCUGCCGAUUUGAUCCAGGAAGGACAAAUAUUACACUUGAUUGGAACAGCUCAGCCAAAUAUAAUUGACAUUUACGCGUGGUCUGGUCCCAACAUGAUAUCGGAUUACUUGCAAGGGAAUCCCGACAAUUGUUCACUAGUGCUGGAACUACUCGUCAAAACGUUGGACAAGAAAUUCGAAUCUUGGCAGCUGGCAUCCACUAGCAUGUGGUAUUAUGUCUACGAAGAAACGACUCAACCAGAAUACCUGAAAAUAUUGGCUGAAAAGUGUCGGUACAUCUUGGGAAUGGCCAGGGCAUUGGAACACUUGCAUCAACAUCGAGUCUUGCAUCGGGAUUUAAAGCCAGCAAACAUUGGAUUCAAUCAAGAAGGGGUCUUGAAAGUCUUUGAUUUUGAUCUGGCUCGGGUCCUUCCACCACCACCUACAGAUGGUGGCGACGACCUCUUUCAAAUGACCAACAAUGUGGGAUCCCCACGGUACAUGGCUCCCGAAAUCAAACUCAAAGACCAAAAGUACAAUUGCUCGGCAGAUGUCUACAGUUUCGGGAUUUUGGUAUAUCAACUCUUGACUCUAGAGGUUCCCAUUAGUACCACGGUUCGCGAUUGGAGUACCGAAAACAAGUACAUUCCCACAGAAUGGUCAAAAGAGCUACGUCAUGUCAUGGGCGACUGCCUAAAAGGGGCCGAUCACCUAUUGGAACGACCUACCAUGGCCAAGAUAGUGGAAGAACUGGACAAGUGUCCAACUGUUAAGCAACCAAAGAGGACAACACCAACCAAGGCAGCACCAAAAACCGAACUCGCGGAAACGACAAAUACCAAUUCCAAUUCCAAUCCUACUCAUGCCAAACCCAUUGGUCCGGAACCAGAAAAGAAGGGGUGGCUUUGGUAA